GCGGAUAACCUCGGAACCCCCAGCGCGCAACGAUGGACUCCCCGGAGCCGGAUACCCCUUUCGCGGCUGUGACGGCGCAGACGACAAAGUAUGGACGGUUAUUCCAAGCCUAUCUCGACAAAUCGACACCCUUCACGGUAUACCGAUGGGUAGGCACUGGCGUCCUCUUCCUCCUAUUCGCCCUGCGGAUAUUCGUUGCGCAGGGCUGGUAUAUUGUCGCAUACUCCCUCGGCAUCUACCUCCUGAACCUCUUCCUCGCCUUCAUAUCGCCGAAAUUCGACCCCUCGCUCGAGCAGGAUGAAGGCAUGGAGGACGGCACAGCCGGCGGGCUGCCCACAAAAGAGGAGGAUGAGUUCCGGCCUUUCGUGCGCCGGCUGCCGGAAUUCAAGUUCUGGUAUUCGACCACCAAGGCGAUCUCGAUUGGCUUUGUGUGCAGCUGGUUUGAGGUGUUCAAUCUGCCGGUGUUCUGGCCGGUGUUGGUGGUGUAUUGGUUGAUUCUGUUUGGGCUGACGAUGCGACGACAAAUUCAGCACAUGAUCAAGUACCGCUACGUUCCCUUCACAGUCGGCAAGCAGCGGUACUCCGCGAAAUAAGCCUCGUUCGAACUCCGAUAGCUCAUCUCCUAUCACACCGACGAACGUACGACUUCGCACGAUCCCAACUUGAUUCGCACCAUCUUGGCGCACGCACUUGUACUUCAUAGAUUUGUUGUUCUUCGUCACAGCGACAUUAUCAUCGCCCUAGGGAGGCGCAGAAGAGCGGAAAGCGGCG